AUGGUGACGCAGACCGCAGAUGGCUCCACCAUCUCUCAGGGCAUGGAGACCUGCAAGCCCUCCAAACAGAGCAGUCACAAGUACCUGGUCAGCAGCUACCUGAAGAAGCAAGGACCUGGGCCUGCUGAGCAGCUGCAGGUGGGCCUGGGUUGGGUGUGUCAGGAGGGGUUUGUGUACGGGGCUGUGUCACGGUGUUAUGUGUUCGGCAGCGGCACCCACUUGACCGUCCUCGGUCAGCCGAAGGCCAGCCCUACGCUCACAGUGUUCCCACCCUCCUCUGAGGAACUGGCAACCAACAAGGCCACACUGGUGUGCCUGAUUAACGACUUCUACCCGGCUGAGGUGACGGUGACCUGGAAGGCAGAUGGCACAACCGUCACCCAGGGCGUGCACACCACCAAGCCCUCAAAACAGAGCAACAACAAGUACGCGGCCAGCAGCUACCUGAGCAUGACUGCCGACCAGUGCCGAAAUCGCAGCGCGUUCACCUGCCAGGUCACGCACGAGGGGAGCACCGUGGAGAAGAGCGUGACCCCUGCAACAUGUUCUUAGGGGCUAUUUCCCACCGGAUCCUUAGGAUCUACAUCUUAUGAUGGGCCUAUUUCCCACUGGAUCCUUAGGAUCUACAUCUACUGACCCAAGAGAAUGGGUCUCCCUUCCAACUCUAGUACUCCCAGACCUUCUGCCUCACUCUGUAAACUCUCAAUAAAUAUCCUAAUGUCAAUCAGAAA